AUGGCUCGAAUCAUCGUUGCUGGCCUUGCCGUGGCCGCUGCCUGCACACAGACUGCCUUUGCGUGGGGCAAUCUCGGUCACCAAACUGUAGGAUACGUCGCCCAGGCGUUCCUCGCGCCAAACGCACUCGACUUUGUGCAAACCUCAUUGGGCUCGACCUACAACGAGUCCCUUGGACCUGCUGCCACGUGGGCCGACAGCGUCAAGUACACGCCGGGCUAUACCUGGUCGAAGCCACUCCACUUUGUUGACGCGGAGGACUCGCCUCUCAGUGGAUCAUGCUCUGUAUCCGAGACUCGCGAUUGCGGCGACGGUGACUGCAUCCUGAGUGCCAUCGCCAACUACACAACGCGGAUCGCGAAGACCUCUCUUAGCAAGGCCCAGCGCCAGGAGGCUCUCAAGUUCCUUGCGUGCCUCUUGCAGUUCCUUGGCGACAUCGGCCAGCCUCUGCACGUCGAAGCAUACGAAGUUGGUGGGAAUGACAUCGACGCCGUCUGUGGCGGUAAGAGCACCAACCUCCACUCCGCCUGGGACACAGGCAUUCUCGAGACGAACCUCGAUGCGACUUAUGACGGCGAAGUGAGCAACUAUGCCGCCGCGCUCAUCAAGCGCAUCAAGACGGGCACGUACAAGUCCCUCACUGACGACUGGCUCGAGUGCUCGUCGACGACCGAGCCCGCGUCGCGCCGCCGCUUUUUCUCGCACGUGCCGUACACCGUCGACCGCGACGUGAGCCGCUUCCUCGACAAGCGCGCGACGAUUACCCCGCUCGAGUGCCCGCUCGUGUGGGCGAAGGAGUCGAACGCGUACUGCUGCUCGACGGUUUUCACAUACUCGAGCGGCCAGGACCUCUGCACGGGCACAUACUACAACAAGGCGGUGCCUGUGAUCGACCUCCAGCUCGCAAAGCAGGGCUACCGCCUCGCUGCGUGGCUCAACGUUAUCUUUGACGGGGACACCAACCUUUGA